GCGUGUUGAGGAGAUCGGUCUGAUCAGUCAUCACUCAUCCUAAUGGCCGACAGGAAUCGCAUUUGCCGUGAUGUUAGUGAGUGACAUUCUCGAGACACGCUUAUAGUAAGGUGAGGCUUAUGAUAAAGAGUGACUAGGAGGUAUAUGUCUUGUAGAUUGGUCUUCUUUUUUUUGUGUUGUUCAGCACAACCAAGUCCUAUGCUAUGAUCCGCAGCUUUCCUUUUCACGAGAGAGCACCCUUUUUUUCUUAGUUUUAACAUAUUUAUAUAUUGAAGAUUCUGGAUUCUGAAUUACUAUGGUUGCAAAUCCCAUGGAUGUCCUCAUCGUAGGCGCCGGGCCGACUGGCCUUAUCCUCGCCUUGUUUCUCGUCAAACAAGGCGUCAGAGUUCGUAUAAUCGACAAGAUGUCCAUGUCAGCCGAGACCUCACGAGCCACAGUUGUACAUGCACGAACUCUCGAGCUCUACCGCCUCGCGGGGUUGACGGAAAAGUGUCUUGCCCAAGGACAACCGGCUAAAGCAUCGAACAUCUGGGUCGCAGGAGCAAUCAAGGGGCGAGUCCCUCUGGCUGAAGUUGGAAAGGGUCUCACUCCUUAUCCAUUCCUAUUCGUUCUGCCACAGGACAUCCACGAGCGUAUACUCAAUGAAGAAGCUGAGCGGUGUGGUAUCAAUGUCGAGCGCAACACCGAGCUACUGAACUUGACCGAUCAUGGCACUCAUGUUACUGCGGAGCUCCGCAUGCCCGACGGUGGAAAAGAGACAUGUACCACCUCCUAUAUCGCGGGAUGCGACGGUGCUCGUUCCGCCGUCCGCAAUGCCUUAAAUAUGGAGUUCGUCGGCGACGCCUACCACCAUCUCUUCUACGUCGCAGACAUUGAAGGCAGCGGUCCUUGCAUGAACAACGAAACACACAUGAAUCUAGACGAGGCCGACAUCAUUGGCGUAUUCCCCUACGACAAACCUGGCCACUGCCGCCUUAUCGGCAUGGUGCAUGAUGAGCGAGUUGACCGCCCGGAGGCUCUCACUCUCGACUCCGUCGGGAGCCGUGCCAUCGACCAGCUAAACAUGCAUAUCGACAAGGUCAACUGGUUCUCGACAUAUCGCGUACAUCACCGCGUUGCGGAGCAUUUCGCCCAGGGCCGCGCAUUCCUGGUUGGAGACGCCGCUCAUAUCCAUAGCCCUGCGGGCGGCCAAGGCAUGAACACCGGCAUCGGGGACGCCAUCAACCUUUCGUGGAAACUAGCGAGCGUGAUCCACGGCAAAGCGACGGCAGACCUACUUCCAUCGUACGAGACGGAGCGACGUGCAUUUGCGCUCAAGCUCGUGCAAACGACCGAUCGCGUCUUCACCACACUGACGGCGGAGAGCGUCGUGGCGGGGAUUGUCAGGAGGCGGGUCGCGCCAUUGAUAGUCCCGCUCGUGUUAUCGAUCGGACGGGCCCGUGAAUUCUUCUUCCGCGCCGUCUCGCAGAUCGGGAUCAAUUACCGGAGCACUCUGCUGUCGGAAGGCGCAACGGGCGAUGUCCAUGGAGGAGACCGUUUGCCGUGGGUUGCAGAUGCAAAUGGAUCUGACAAUUUCGCAAGCUUUGAUGAUCGAAUCGGGUGGCAGGUCCAUGUAUAUGGGCUGGCGAAGGGGAUACUCAGAGAAUGGUGCGGCAGCACGAAUGUCCAGUUGCACGAGUAUGAAUGGCACCAGGAUCAAUACCAACGAACGGGGUUGGUUCGCGACGCAGCAUACUUGAUACGUCCUGAUACAUAUAUUGCCGUUGCUGACCUAGUGGGAGACGCUAAAGCGUUCGAGGAGUAUGCGGAACGCAAUCGGCUUGUGUUUUCAGGGGUUGCUGGGUCUUAGGUGUUGCCGGGUAAUAGGACUAUAUUCUCGAUCCGGCGCGACUGUACUAUAGCGAACAGUAAUAUUAGCGUUUACAUGCCUCAAUAUGGUCCUCUUCCAGUGACUGAAGUAGUAGUUUCCGACCCGAUCAUAGCUCCGGAUGCUCGGAAGCUGGGUAGGGCUACGGAAACUCUUUCCGGUCAUUGGCUGGUUUCAGGGGUCAACUCAGCUCCCUUCCCCGCAUCUACUCUAACCUCGAAUCAGCAAGUGGCGUUGUUCUGGUGUGAUUCUAAGAGAUCGAGGGAUCUGUAGGUGAG